ACCUUGCAGUGAGCAAUUCGCCCCCCUCUUGGAACUUAGCUCGCCUCGACCGGCAGCCAGUGCCAGCCGCAGUAAGGGAGUGCGUGUGUUUUCUCAUUGUAAUGUGGGAGAUUUUUUCCUUCCGAACAUCAAUAACCAGCUGGUGGAUUUAUAAAGAUUUUUCAUAUUCAGGAUUUUUUCCAUUGGGGCGAGUGAACGUGUAAACGGAAAAUCAAAUUGCCUCACCAGCAGGCGUGCAGGAUGUGGCAGUGAAGAUGCUCUGUUUGCUUGUCGUGAUGAUGGCCAUGUUCCGGGCUCAGGCCUGCACGGGCCCUGACAAGUGCUCCAACUCCUCCUCCAAAGAAUACUGCUACACUGUCCGUAUCCGCAGCACUGUGCUGCAGGGCCUGCCCUUCGGAGGGGUGCCCACCGUGCUUGCCCUUGACUUCAUGUGCUUCCUGGUCCUGCUCUUUGUGUUCUCGAUCUUGCGGAAGGUGGCCUGGGACUAUGGACGCUUGGCGCUGGUGACAGACGCCGAUAGGAGGAGACAGAAGAAACGAUUCAGUGAGCUGGAAGAACGGGAAUAUGUGGCCUCUGCUUUACACUCGGAGACACCUGAUCGCUAUGAACGACUCACCUCAGUUUCCAGCUCUGUGGAGUUUGAACAAAGAGACAAUGGCUUCUGUUCUUGGCUGACAGCUAUCUUCAGGAUAAAGGAUGAAGAGAUCCGGGAGAAGUGUGGAGAGGACGCGGUGCACUACCUCUCCUUCCAGCGCCACAUCAUUGGCCUGCUGGUGGUGGUGGGCGUGCUGUCCGUGGGGAUUGUCCUGCCUGUCAACUUCUCGGGAGAUCUGCUGGAAAAUAAUGCAUACAGCUUUGGGCGAACCACUAUAGCAAACCUGAAAUCUGGGAACAACCUCCUCUGGCUGCAUACCUCCUUCGCAUGCAUGUACCUGCUGCUGACAGUGUAUAGCAUGAGACGGCACACUUCUAAAAUGCACUACAAAGAGGAUGACCUGGUGAAGCGCACUUUAUUUAUAAAUGGGAUCUCCAAAUAUGCUGAAGAAACCCACAUAAAGCAACACUUUGAGCAGGCCUAUGAGAACUGCACUGUUCUGGAGGCUCGCAUAUGCUACAACGUGGCCAAGCUGAUGUCCCUGAAUGCUGAGAGGAAGAAGGCAGAGCGCAGCAAGAAGUUCUUCACAGACCUCAUGGCCAAGGAGCACAUGCCAACCAUGAUUAACCCUAAGCCCUGUGGCCACCUCUGCUGUUGUGUCAUCAAGGGAUGCGAGGAGGAAGAGGCUGUGAGCUACUACACCAAGUUGGAGGCUAAGCUGAAGGAAGACUACAGGAAGGAGAAGGAGAAGGUCAACACCAAGCCCCUGGGUAUGGCCUUCGUCACCUUCCAGAACGAGGCCAUGACGGCAAUAAUCCUCAAAGACUUCAAUGCCUGUCAGUGCCAGGGCCCCAGAUGCCGCCAGGAUCCAAAGUCAUCGCAGUUCAGCGAAAGUCUGCACGUUUACAACUGGAGUGUCAGCUAUGCCCCCGACCCCCAGAACGUGCGCUGGGAGCACUUGUCUCUGGGAGGCUUGCGCUGGUGGCUGCGCUGCUUCAUUAUCAACUGCAUCCUCUUCCUCCUGCUCUUCUUCCUCACCACUCCUGCCAUCAUCAUCUCCACUAUGGACAAGUUCAACGUAACCAAGCCUGUAGAGUACCUCAAUAACCCCAUCAUCACCCAAUUCUUCCCCACUCUGCUUCUGUGGGCUUUUUCCGCCCUGCUGCCCACCAUCGUCUAUUACUCUGCCUUCUUUGAGGCCCAUUGGACCAGGUCAGGAGAGAACAGGACUACCAUGCAUAAGUGUUAUACCUUCCUCAUCUUCAUGGUCCUUGUGUUACCUUCCCUGGGGCUCAGUAGUUUGGAUGUUUUCUUCCGCUGGCUGUUCGAUAAGAGAUUUUUGGACGAUGCCCCUGUCAGAUUUGAGUGUGUCUUCCUCCCGGACAAUGGUGCCUUCUUUGUCAACUAUGUCAUUGCGUCGGCAUUCAUCGGCAAUGCCAUGGACCUCCUGCGCAUCCCAGGCCUGCUCAUGUACAUGAUCCGGCUCUGCCUGGCCCGUUCGGCCGCAGAGAGGCGCAACGUCAAGCGGCACCAGGCUUAUGAGUUCCAGUUCGGUGCUGCCUAUGCCUGGAUGAUGAACGUCUUCACUGUUGUCAUGACGUACAGCAUCACGUGCCCUAUAAUUGUCCCCUUUGGUCUGAUGUACAUGCUCCUAAAACAUCUGGUGGACAGAUACAAUAUGUACUACGCCUACCUGCCCUCCAAGCUGGACAAGAAGAUCCACUCAGGUGCAGUCAACCAGGUGGUGGCUGCACCCAUCCUCUGUCUAUUUUGGCUUCUCUUCUUCUCCACUGUGCGCACAGGUUUUGUGACCCCGACAACCCUGUUCACACUGGUGGUCCUCAUCAUCACCAUCGUAGUCUGCCUGUCACAUGUCUGCUUCGGCCACUUCAAGUACCUCAGCGCUCACAACUACAAGAUCGAUACAAAGGACACAGACGUGGACGGGUUAGAAAAUGGCCGCCCGGCCCGCUCCUCACCCUCCAACAAGUCACAGAUGUAUAUUGCCCAGGUCCUGCAGGAUGCCAACUCAGAUGAGGCUGGUGCGGGCAGUGGGGAAGACGACGGCCAGGUGUCCUCGCAAGACGAGGACAUGAUCAAUGCGGGGAACAGCAUCAAUGAAGCAGACUUCCAGUCGGGUGAGGACAGCCUCAUAGCCAAUGAGGUCCACCAGUAAUGCCCUCCUGCUCCAGAACAGAUAGUGGGACUGCAGGAGAAAAGGCGUCGCCGCGGGGAAGAGAGGAACCGAGGGCAGCGCUGAACUAUGUCAAAAAUGAAAUCACCAGAUCCACAUCUCUACUCAGAUUCCAGGACCAUCAGGCCUGAUUCCCCCCACUGCAGAGUCACAGUUAGCUACAGGGCACCUGACACCAUGCUGUGCACUGGAUGCUGAUUUGUAAAUCUCCUCCCACCAGCAUCACGGUUGCAGGAACUUGUGUUCACAAAUGCAGGAAUUUUGAUUGGCUCUGCACAGAAAGGCACAGAUGUACAGCCAGGGAAUCUCCGCGAGGGAACCAGGAGUUGUGGACAGAUUUGCAAAGAUAUGAGCCUUAGAGGUCCAAGCCUCCUUGAGUUUUCAGGGGCCUCCCUCCAGUGCACUGCAUUUAGGAGUUACAUUGACACUGCUUGUCCCUAAGAUGUGAAUAUUAUAUUACAUUUGUUUCUUCAAUGCCAUGCAGCCCCUCCAUCUGCACAUCUGUGGAGUGGAGACCAGCUGCAGAGAUAGGACGCCUUUUUUGCCCCCUUUCAUUGGCUGCAGAUGAGGAUAGACAGCAGGAAAGUCCCCGUACAGAGCCUUGCACAUCCCUUAUAUGCUGAAGCACAAAGGUGCAUUUUUUGAUGUUUGUAUGUUUAACCAGCAAUAGUGCUGCAGCACACCUACCGUCCUGGUUUUGUAAAGUUGUUGAAAGCGUUUAAAGGCCUGUCACGCUACCAAAAAGAGAAGAUGCUGUAAAAAUGAGGACUGCCAUUGCCGUAUCCAGGAGUGCUACACUCUUGCAUGUUCAGUUGUGCUGAGGCAUCGGAGCUGAAUUGCUGAGGCGCGAGUGAUGCUCUGAAAUGGCCCGCGAUUCCACUACAGCCGGUUGCCCGAUUUCCCGAAACUUGGUGGGAGGCAGAUGAGGAUUUGGAGAUGUGCAUGCCUUGAGACAUGGAAAUGCAGUGGAAGUGCUACAUGGGGAGAGUUGACCAGCUAUAAAUGUGAAGGCAAUAAGUCUGCAGCCCUUCUCUGAACUCUGAGAUGUGCCCGCCGUACCUAAGAUAUCAUGCAUCCCUUAGGGUUCCCCAAUUUCAUCAACACUCCAUCAUGAUUUCUCCCCACAAUUAAUGCAUUUUGACAUGGCUUUUUACCUAGUAAUAAUGCUUUGCUGUCUUUAUCUUGGUUGCUGAUACUAAUGGUUGACUUAUGUUGUGUGUUUUUUUAUUGCAUAGGACAUUUCCAAGGAAUAGUACAGUUUUGUCAACUGCAGAAAGAAAAGAUCACUGACUCACCUGUUUCUUUUCAGACAAUUGAUCUACAGUCUUUAAUGAAUUAGUCCCACAGUCUUUGCGGGGAGGCCAGUAGCAUCAUCUCGCGAUUCUUCUGGCUGGAUGUGUUCAGUUUAGAACAGCCCUCCGACACCUCUCUUUCCAGUUUCUGCGUGUAGCCCUCCAAAUAAGUAGGACAUUGAGGUGCCUGUGCCCCACCCCGCAUUUCAGUGGCAGAAAGGGAAGCCAGAACUGUCCCGGGAGAGCGCUGUGCUGGACACAACCUGUAAACCGCAGUGACCACCAGGCUGCAGCGUGGCUGAUGUUCACCUCAGAGAGCCCAGCUGUGGUGCCAGCCUAACACCAGCCCCUGCCUCUAAUUCAGUGUUCCACAAUUCCGCGGUGGCUCAGACGCUGCCAGCUCGGACCGGCAUCUGGAGACGGGAGGCUGACACUCUGAUCUGUC